AUGGAUGAGCAACAACUGGAGUGGGAGAAAUCAUUGCCGGCGUCAGUCUGGGAUAAUUUCGAUAUAGGAAAAAUCACCAAUGCCGGGUUUAAACUGGAGUAUGUGAGGCCUGAAAUAGAAGGGGAUAAGUUGAUUGAGGAAAUUGAUGCAGAGGAUAUAGAAUCUGAGAUUGAAUACUGGAAGAAUGCAGUUGUGUGUUAUGUACUAGGGGCAUAUCCACCAUUUAGUGUCCUAAACAGCUACUUACAGCGGAUUUGGGGGAAGCAUGGCAUCGAUAAGAUAGCUAUGUUGAAGAAUGGAAUAGUAGUGGUUCGUUUUGAUACUGAAGCAGGGAAGACUGAAGUUAUACAGGAGGGGAUUUUUCAUUUUGAUAAUAAUCCUCUAAUAGUGAAAGCGUGGAAUGUGGAGAUGGAUUUCUCAAAGGAUGAAUUGAGUACAGUUCCAAUUUGGGUGAGAUUACCAGGAUUGGAAUUCAAGUACCGGAGUGCUAAGGGAUUAAGCAAGAUAGGGAGUCUAAUAGGGAAACCAUUGAUGGUGGAUAAGAAUACUGAAAAGAAAGUAGGGCUUCACUUUGCAAGGCUGCUAGUAGAGGUCAAAAUUGGUGAGCAAUUUCUGGAAGUAGUGUAUUUUAAAAAUGAAAAAGGUGUAAUAGUAGAGCAGAAGGUGACAUAUGAUUGGAAACCUACUGUAUGUAAAGAAUGCAACAAAUAUGGGCAUACUAGGGAAAACUGCAGAAGGAACAAAGAGAAAGAAGUGAAACAAGUCAGGGAGAACAAUGUGAAUAAAGAUGAGGGGAAUCCAAGCAACAGAGGAGUUCAAACUGGGAACCUUACACAGAAUGAGGUUCAAGAGCAAAUUGAAGGGAGAAAGCAGAAUGAAAGUGGCAAAGAGAUAGAAAAUAAAAGGAAAGAAGUGGGAAUUGGACAGAAACAAGGUGGGGGAUGGAAUCAACCACAAAACCAUGCUAGUGUCCCUAUUGUUAUCAAGGAUGUGGUAGCAGUAGCAAAUACUUUCAAAGCAUUAGAAGGUGAAGAAAAAGGAGCUGGAAGUCAAGAGAAUGUGGGUAGCAAAUCAUCUCUCAAUUUGAGGGAUGGUUAA